AUGUGGUCACUACGGGUCUAUACGCGCAAAAAGCGGGCCAGCCAUAGGCUCAACCUAACCCCAACGCCAGAUCUAGGUGCCCCGGCUAAGGCGGAGGCCCCGUCAGGGCCCGGCCUGAAAAGAAGUGACAAAACGCGCGGUUUGCAGAGAAUCACAGAGAAAUCAGAGCUGAGUCGGCUGGGAGGUAGCAGCUCUGGGCCACCGAGCACUCAGUUAAGAGGUACAGGAGAGAAAAGCCUGCAUGAAAAUAGCACUAGUGAAGAAGCCCAGGAUGAGAAGAUUGCUCCAUUGAGUGAGUCAGUGACAGAUGACCUCCAGGUUGAUAGUAGUUUAUCAAAUAGUGAACAAGUAUCAGGACUAAGUUUACAGCAUGAUAUUUCUAGCUCUCUUCUAAGUUACUCAAUCACAGACUCUUAUACAGAAUACAAGACUUUUGAAGAGAGUUUAAGUAGCUUCCCAUCUCCUGAACUCUUCAGAGGAUCAGAUUAUUUAGAUUGGGAGUGUCCCAUGUUGGAAGAAAACUUGCUAUGUAAGAAUUCCACUCUUUUGGACACCAGUAAAGCAGUACCGAUACAGAAGGCACUAGAGUUUUCAAACCUCUCUGCAAUUUUAGGUACCUCUUCAGAAGACUAUCAGAAAUGCCAUAGGAAAGU